AUGGAUAUUAUAUUGGGUAUUAGAGUACAGGACUCUGUCAUACUGGCAAGUUCUAAAGCCGCCACUAGAGGUAUAUCGAUUUUAAAGGAACAAGAUGACAAGACAAGGGAACUAUCACCUCAUAACCUUAUGAGUUUUGGCGGUGAGGCAGGUGAUAGUGUUCAAUUUGCCGAAUACAUCCAAGCCAACAUUCAACUAUAUGCCAUUAGAGAAAAUAUAGAAUUGUCACCAUUGGCAGUAUCCAGUUUUGUCAGACAGGAAUUGGCAAAAUCUAUUAGAUCAAGGAAGCCAUACCAAGUAAAUGUAUUGAUUGGUGGUUAUGACUCAAAGAAGCAAAAGCCAGAAUUGUAUCAGAUAGAUUAUUUGGGGAUAAAAGUCGAACUACCCUACGCCGCACAUGGUUACUCAGGAUUUUACACUUUUUCACUACUAGACCAUCAUUAUAGACCUGAUAUGACUACAGAGGAAGGUCUCAAACUGUUAAAGAUGUGUAUUAAAGAAUUGGACAAGAGAAUGCCUAUAGAUUUCAAGGGAGUCAUGGUUAAAAUAGUCGACAAGGACGGCAUAAGGCAAGUAGAAGAUAUGUGA